AAAAUAAAAAUUGAAACAUGUUAAAUUUGUUUAUAGUGGUUGAUGAUAAAAUAUCUAAACCUUUAAUCCCAGCCUCGCUGUGGUAACUGGUAAAACAAAACAAGAUCCUCGGAGAAGAAUAGCUAUGUCGUCGAACCACUGUUUAUCAAGUGCUCGUUUCCUCACUGUCGGAGGAAUCCGCUCCUUUCCCUUGCAACGAAAACCCCUUCUCUUCUCCGUCACUCUCUCUUCUCGCUCUCAGAACCUCCAAUCCUUAAUUGUCACCGCCUCUUCUAAAAAGAAAAGCAAGGAAAAAUUGACUCAUGUUACAGAGGGGAAUGAAGAGGGGGAUGCGUUUGAAAUGCUCUUCAAGCAACUUGAAGAAGAUCUCAAAAACGAUGAUUUAUCCAUGGACGAUAUUGGCGAUGAAAUAUCGGAAGAGGAUAUGGCUUUGUUAGAACGUGAGUUGGAAGGUGCGUUAGAUGAUUUUGAUGGUGAAUUGUUGAACUCAGAUACUGCCCAAACACCGGCUGUUAACGAGGCUGAAAAAACCAGCAAGGAUGGAAAUGAUGGCCCGUUGAACCUUAGAACUUGGCAAUCGAAUAAAUUGGCUAGAGCCUUGAAAACCGGACGCCGCAAAACGAGUAUAAAAACUCUUGCUGCUGAGCUCUGUCUUGAUAGAGCUCUUGUUCUUAGUUUGCUUCGUAACCCUCCUCCGAAUCUUCUCAUGAGGAGCUUAUCGAUACCCGAUGAACCCACACCAUCAGCAAUAUCCACGCCAGGAGAGAAUUUUUAUCAAGAAACAAGCACAGAUCAUGCAGAAUCUGUACCAAAGUCCAACUUACCUAUUCAUACCAUGCAAGAGAAUUGGUCUUCUCGAAAGCGAUUGAAAAAGGCCCAUCUUGACACUCUAGAGAGAGUUUACACGAGAUCAAAGCGGCCCACUAAUACAAUGAUUAGUAACAUUGUGCAUGUUACAAACCUUCCGCGGAAAGCAGUUGUCAAGUGGUUUGAAAACAAACGCGCCGAGGACGGAGUUCCAGAACAGCGCCUUCCUUACCAGCACUCUGCUAAUGAAACUGCUUGAAGAUUUUAUUUUCUCUGAGUUGCUUUUACUUAUGCAACAAGCUAUGUGAAAAAUGAGAAAUCUUAUAACCAUAUGAAAAAAAAAAUGUUUCACCUAUAAGGAACUAUGGUGGUGAUUAUAUGUUUGGCUGGAACACCGACAAUAACAUUCUUCAGAAAGAGUCUGUUGAAAUGUCAAAUACCUUAGGAAUUAUUCAAUGUUUGUAUACAUUUUUUUUCCCAUUAAUUAUUAAUAUUUAUGCAAUGUUGCAAACUGGCAAAA